UUCGUUCUAUCCUAUCUAAAGAUUAUGGAUUACAAAUAACAAAAAGCGUAGCGCAAGUAUUUACCUUUAACAUUCGUCGACUUGUACAUGAUAUAUAUACAAGAGCAUCUUUAUUGAGUCAAGAAGGACAGCAACAGCAUCAACAGCAACUACAAAAUAGCAAUAUUCAUCCUGUAUUAAAGGCUUCCAUGUCUUCUUCAUCGUUUGAUGCUGUUGUCCCUGAUAUCCUUACUUUUAGACCUGAUAAAGAUGAUCCUCUUGAUACUGCUACACAAACAUCUUCUACUAUACGACAAAAAUAGAAGAAAUAAGAGAUAAGCGUAUAGAAUUAGUAACAGCCAUUAUGUCCAUUGUGACCUCUUGGAAUAUUAGUGAAGCUUUAGAAGAUAUUUGUGAAAAAACGUUAUCAUUAGUCAAAACUAUACAUCCAAAUAUAAGUUUUGGACUAAAAGGUGCUAAUGGAAAUCUCUCUAUCCUUGCACCACUCAAAAAUGAAAAAGAGGCCUGGACAAUUUCUGCUUCAAUGACGGCAAAUCGAUUAUUGUCCAUUGCACUUUUGGCAAAAGCUAUUCUUUUUAUCGCUGAAAAAGAAACCCAAAGUUCAGAUUUAAUUUCAGGUUAUGCGAUGGCUUUGCCAUUAGUGAUUGGAUCAUCCUAUUGUUUUCCAUCAUUAUCUUUAUUAAGUAAAUAUUGGCAAGAUCCUUCAGCGAGAUCUUUAUUUUCAAGUGCAGUUACUGGUUUAUCUAAAAGUGAUAUUGAAGCUCUAGUUGAUUAUUGGGAAGCCUUUUUACCUAUAUCUAGUUCACCUGAGAAUAGCGGUGCACAGAUGAUGGCACGUGCUUCUAUCGUACUUGGUAUAAUGGGCUGCGAUCAACCCCAAAUGCUUUCAUCUCGCGUUCGCAAAUCUACUGCUCUUAGUCUUACCAUCCUUUUAUCAGAUGCUGAAUUAGAUGAAGCACGUCAUACGAACUCAAUGGCACGCACAUUAUCUUCUAUGGAGUUACUUAGUCAGGGAUUUUCAAUUUGGGAAACUUAUAUUAAUACAGCUGAAGUAUUACGAACCCUGUUUUUAUAUGCUACAGAUACACAACCACUCAUGGCACUCGUCAGUCGUGGAGCCAAGACAGCUAUAUUUGAAAUAUCCACACGUAAUAUGCCCCUCGUUAUCAACACACUCACAUUCGAUACAAUACGUGGCAAGACGCUUGAAGACCGUUUACGUUGCUUAAAAAUCAUUGGUAUCUUUAUUCGACGUGAACCAAUCUUAUUAUAUCCUCAUGUCUAUAACGUUUUAGAGGCCGUCUUGGCAACACUUGACCCUAAUGUGGCACAUAUGCGCCAAGUCAUGCUCUCUGCUGCAACAACCGUCUUACAUGAACUCGUAAAGACAUAUCCCUCUGUUGACUUUAGCAGUAGUGCACAAAAACUAGCAGUAGGUACAUUAGAGGGAGCUGCUGUGAUUUAUGAUGUUAGGACAGCGACUCGAUCCCUUGUAUUAGAAGGACAUGUGGGCCCCGUCUCUGUCCUUUCCUUCUCUCCUGAUGCUAAAUUAAUUGCUACUUGUUCGUUAAUGGACCAAACCGUACGUGUUUGGUAUACAAAUCAAAGUUUAAUUGGUAUGUUAUUGGGUCAUCGUCAUCAAGAACAACCCACGACAGGAUCACAAAGGCCUUAUAAAGUCUUUUCUUUUGCUAUGCCAGACUAUGCAUUGAGUCCAACUGAAAUUAUUAAAGAAGUUCGAUUUGAAUGGACAUCGCAUAAAUGUGUAAAGUUGCAUGUUCAACAGUUAGUUAUGAGUUUUAAUGUGUAAUAAAUAAAUAAAUAAAUGAAUGAAUAUGUAUAUAUUAUUCUAAUAAGGAAUUAAAAUGAAC